AUGCUAACACCUUAUCAACACAGCUCAAGCUCUCUGUCCAGCGAGGACCGCUCCCUCAUCGUCUACAACGAGUUCCUCAAAAUCCAACACUCGCCUCUCCUCCAAGAGUAUUCCAUUUCUCGCAAGAUCGCCCGCAUCCUCCCGCUUCUCCCGCCACUCUCCACAUGGGGCGUUAUCGAAAUUGUCUGUUAUAAGCUCGGUUCCUUCUGGGACGUCUCGCCCACGGACCCCUCCUCGCCCACCACCACCUCCACCCUCCGGCGUGACCAUGACAAGCGCGCCAUGCUCCGGCACGAAAUCGCUUUCGAUCUCGUCCAUUUUCUGACCUCCCCCCAGCUCAACCUCGACCACAACCUCAACCAUGGCUACGGUCAUGAAAGCAACAACGGCACCCCAGCCCCCGAGCAUGAAGUGCCCCCCUACCCCGGCUGGGGUUUUCCCAUCCCCUCCAUGCCCGGUGUCUCGCAAGUGCAUCUUGUCUUCCACGACACGCCCAAUUACUCGGAUGACGAGAAGCGGUACCUAGUCAGCCGGUCGGAUUUUUUCCACGACGAGACCGUAUUUGUGGCUGUGUUUGACAGCGACACUCCCAAUGAGGAAAGGGAUAUCGAGGGGAUUGAUCGCCAUCAGAUGCUCUGGAUCGCGCCGAAUCAGAUGAUUCCGAUCAUGCAGGUCAGGAUUGAUGGAAAGCAGCCGGCUGCGAUACUGUGGAGGGAUCAGGUUACAGAUGGGUGGCAUGAUGUGGGGUGUCGGUUUGGUGAGGGGAACAUCAAUGGGGGAGGAGGAGGAGGAAGAAGGAGGGGGUCGAGGGACGGGGGUCAUGGACAUGGUGGGCAGAGAGGAGGGGGUGGUGAUGAUGGACUCAGAAACCACCAACACCAGCACCAGCACCAGCACCAGCAUCAUCAGCAACCUACUCCGGUCCCACCUCACGAACGACCUAUGAGCACUGCCUUCCCCGGCUACAAAAAGUUCUGCUUGGAUCGCCAUCCGGAGGACUCAAAGUAUGCAUUAAACUCGUCGGCUUUGUACAUUCGGGCGGAUAUCGUGGAUCAGAACUGGCCUAUCGGGUAUUAUAAUCAUCACCAUGGUCGUCAAUGA